CAGAGAGACGGUAAGAUUUACCUUCAUUACAAAACAGCUUCACUCCGAGACUCAAUGGCUUCCUGCUCAGAGGAGGAUCUCUGCUGUCCAGUCUGUAAAGAAGUCUUCAGGCAUCCUGUCAUUCUCUCAUGUAGCCACAGCUUCUGUAAAGACUGUCUGCUGAGCUGGUGGAGAGAGAAACCAACACAAGAGUGUCCAGUUUGUAAGAGGAGAUCUUCAAGGACAUAUCUUCCUCGUAACCUGGCCUUAAAGAACCUGUGUGAGGCUUUUUUGUUAGAGAGAGAUCAGAGAUCUUCAGAUGAUCUCUGCUGUCUGCACUCUGAGAAACUCAAACUCUUCUGUCUGGACGAUCAGCAGCCAGUGUGUCUCGUCUGCAGAGAUUCAGAGCAACACACCGACCACAGAUUCAGACCCAUCGAUGAAGCUGCUCAAGAACCCAGCAGGAUUCUUCAGGAAACUCUGGAGCCCUUAAAGGAGAAGUUAAAGGUUCUUGAACAAGUUAAAGAGAAGGUUGAGAAAACUGCAGACCACAUUCAGUUCCAGGCCCGAUACACCGAGAGGCAGAUCAGGGAGCAGUUUCAGUGGCUCCACCAGUUUCUAGAAGAGGAAGAGGAUGCCAGGCUGUCUGCACUGUGGGAAGAAGAAAAGCAGAAGAGUCAGAGGAUGAAGGGAGAGAUGGAGACUCUGAGCAGAGAGAUAGCAGCUCUUUCAGACUCAGUGAGAGCCACAGAGGACGACCUGAGAGCUGGAGACAUCUCAAUCCUGAAAAACUACAAGGCUGCAGUGCAAAGAGUCCAGCAGCGCCCCCUGCUGGAGGAUCCACAGCUGUCCUCAGGAGCUCUGAUAGAAGUGGCCAAACACCUGGGCAACUUGAGCUUCAACAUCUGGAACAAGAUGAAGGACAUGGUCCCCUACAGUCCUGUGAUUCUGGACCCAAACACUGCUGGUCCAGAACUCAUCCCAUCAAAAGAUCUUACCUGUAUGAGACAAGGAGAGGCACAGCAGCUCCCUCAUAAUCCAGAGCGGUGUAAUCCUUUCUGCUCGGUCCUAGGCUCUGAGGGCUUCAACUCAGGGACUCACAGCUGGGACGUCGAGGUUGGAGAGAAUACAAGGUGGUUUGUGGGUGUGCUGGCAGAGUCGUUCCGGAUGGAAGGAGAUGUUAAGUCUGGAUUAUGGGCAUUAUCUUUGUGUAGGGGUGAAUACUCAGCACGCUCACCAUCAGGCCCACACACCUUUCUCCCAGUGAAGAAUCAGCUGCAGAGGGUCAGACUGAGUCUGGACUGGGACGGAGGAGAGCUGUCAUUCUCUGAUCCUGAUACUGACACACACAUACACACCUUCAAACACACUUUCACUGAGAGGAUGUUUCCAUUUAUUAGUAUUAAACAAAUGAAGAUUUUACCGAUGAAGAUAGGUGUGACUGUUUUCCAUCUUUGACAAAAGACACAAAGCUCCCCCUCUCCAAUAUGGCCGCCAUGUUGAUGUUUUGAUUCUAUGAACAGAAUCUACAUAGUUAUAAUUAUGGUAUUGAGCUAAUAGCUUACAAACUUGUGUUAAAAGGGAGAGACAAUAAUUGUUUGAACUGUUUCUAUUAUUUUUUCUUCUUCU